CCCAAAAUCGCUUCCCAGUUUCCAGGCCAACUUUCUAAAGAGUAAAGACUUAUGGAGAACAUCAGCAACUCGCUACGUUGUUCACCACAUUGUAACAACACUCUCACUGCAUUUCUAUUCCCAGAGUUUAUAGUCCAUUCUCCAUGACCUUUCUCCCAUGAAAAUGAAACCCUUCAAGAUCUUCCUCAUUUUCCUCCUCUUUCUCGCUUCCCAAACAGUACACUCCUGGAAAAAAGACGAGUUUAGAAACUGCAAUCAGACCCCCUUCUGCAAGCGAGCUCGAUCUCGCAAACCCGGCGCCUGCACUCUAAUCGCCCACGAUGUUUCCAUCUCCGAUGGUGACCUUACUGCUCAGCUCAUUCCAAAGGCUCCGCAUGAUCAAGACGGAGAUCAAAUCAAGCCGUUGACUCUCUCUCUUUCAGUCUACCAAGAUGGGAUCAUGCGGCUCAAGAUCGACGAAGAUCCCUCGUUGGACCCACCCAAGAAACGGUUCCAAGUUCCCGAUGUUAUAAUCCCCGAAUUCGAGGCCAAAAAGCUCUGGUUACAGAGCGCUUCCAAGGAGAAAAUCGACGGUAAUGAUGGGGGUUUUUCUUCCGUGGUCUACUUAUCGGACGGCUACGAGGCAGUCCUCAGGCACGAUCCAUUUGAGAUUUACGUUAGGGAGAAAGCAGGUAAUCGACGCGUAGUUUCAUUGAAUUCACAUGGUUUAUUUGACUUUGAACAAUUGAGAGUGAAAAAAGAGGAUGAGGAUUGGGAGGAAAGGUUUAGAGGGCAUACUGAUACGAGGCCAUACGGUCCACAGUCGAUUAGUUUCGAUGUUUCCUUUUACGGGUCUGAUUUUGUCUAUGGAAUACCGGAACAUGCAACUAGUUUUGCUCUUAAACCCACUAGGGGACCUGGGGUUGAUGAAUCUGAGCCUUAUAGAUUGUUUAACUUGGAUGUUUUUGAGUAUGUUCAUGAUUCGCCCUUUGGGAUUUAUGGUUCCAUUCCAUUCAUGGUAUCACACGGGAAAUCUGGAAAAAGUUCCGGGUUUUUCUGGUUGAAUGCUGCAGAGAUGCAGAUUGAUGUAUUGGCAAAUGGUUGGGAUGCAGAAGAUGGGCUUUUGAUGCCCACUUUGCAGAGUCGGAUUGAUACCUUUUGGAUGAGUGAGGCUGGGAUUAUAGAUACCUUCUUUUUUGUUGGGCCGGGGCCAAAGGAUGUUGUCAGGCAAUACACGAGUGUGACAGGUCUGCCAUCAAUGCCACAGCUGUUUGCUACAGCAUAUCAUCAAUGUAGGUGGAAUUACCGGGAUGAAGAGGAUGUAGAGAAUGUGGAUUCCAAGUUUGAUGAGCAUGAUAUUCCAUAUGAUGUUUUAUGGCUUGAUAUUGAGCAUACUGAUGGAAAGAGGUAUUUUACAUGGGAUAAGUUACUGUUCCCACAUCCAGACGAGAUGCAAAAGAAGUUGGCGACCAAAGGUAGGCAUAUGGUGACAAUUGUGGAUCCACAUAUUAAGCGUGAUGAGUCAUUUCAGUUGCACAAGGAUGCAACUCAGAGGGGAUAUUAUGUUAAGGAUGCAACUGGGAAGGAUUAUGAUGGGUGGUGUUGGCCAGGUUCCUCUUCGUACCCAGAUAUGUUGAAUCCAGAGAUUAGAUCAUGGUGGGGUGGGAAGUUUUCUUAUGAAAAUUAUAUUGGUUCAACUCCUUCAUUGUACAUUUGGAAUGACAUGAACGAGCCUUCUGUCUUUAAUGGACCAGAGGUGACAAUGCCCAGAGAUGCGUUGCAUCUUGGGGGAGUGGAACAUCGGGAGUUACAUAAUGCCUAUGGCUAUUACUUCCACAUGGCAACAUCUGACGGGCUUGUAAAGCGUGGAGAUGGUAAGGACAGACCUUUUGUUUUGUCCAGAGCAUUCUUUGCUGGAAGUCAAAGGUAUGGAGCAGUCUGGACUGGUGAUAAUACAGCAGAUUGGGAUCAGCUCAGGGUUUCAGUCCCAAUGAUUUUGACGCUUGGUCUUACUGGAAUGUCAUUCUCCGGUGCUGAUGUUGGUGGAUUUUUUGGCAAUCCUGAGCCUGAGCUAUUAGUGCGCUGGUAUCAACUUGGUGCUUACUAUCCUUUCUUUAGAGGUCAUGCCCAUCAUGACACAAAAAGACGAGAGCCUUGGUUGUUUGGUGAACGAAAUACAGAACUUAUGAGAGAUGCCAUACGUGUUCGUUAUACAUUGCUUCCAUACUUUUACUCGUUAUUCAGAGAAGCAAAUGUUACCGGUGUUCCUGUUGUACGUCCAUUAUGGAUGGAGUUCCCAUCUGAUGAAGCAACUUUCAGUAACGAUGAAGCUUUCAUGGUUGGAAACAGUCUAUUGGUGCAAGGGAUCUUUAGUGAGAGGGCUAAACAUGCAUCUGUGUAUUUGCCUGGGAAGGAAUUGUGGUAUGACUUUAGAACUGGCUCUGCAUAUAAGGGGGGAAAGAUCCAUAAGCUUGAAGUUUCAGAAGAGAGCAUUCCUGCUUUCCAAAGAGCUGGCACUAUUUUACCAAGAAAAGACCGGUUCCGUAGAAGCUCCACUCAAAUGGUGCAUGAUCCUUAUACACUGGUGAUAGCUCUGAACAGUUCCCAAGCAGCUGAAGGGGAACUCUAUCUUGAUGAUGGAAAAAGCUUUGACUUCAUGCAUGGGGCUUACAGUCAUCGCCGCUUUGUGUUCUCGAAUGGGCAGCUUACAUCUUCAAAUAUGGCAUCCUCUUCCCUUGGCAGGUCUGGAUUUUCUUCUGACUGCAUUAUUGAGCGGAUUAUUCUUCUCGGACAUACUCCUGGGCCAAAAAGUGCUCUUGUUGAACCAGGAAAUAAGUAUGCAGAAAUUGAACUUGGUCCACUCCGGCUAGGGGGACAUGGUGCAGCUGCAGUAACCAUCCGCAAGCCUGGUGUCAGGGUCGCUGAAGAUUGGACAAUAAAAAUUUUGUAAGAUAUUUAGGUUCAAGAAUUUCAAUGUUAAGAAAGGAAAGUUCUUGUAAUUGUUAUUCUUGAGUUCAGUUAUAGUGGACAAAACUCACAAGAAAAAUACAUAGCCGCGUGCAAUUUACUGGUACACAGCGCUAUGCAAAGAACUAUUGUUUCGGCAACUUCAAUUUCUAUGGCUGCCAUGAAUGACAAAUUUUAAUUAGAACGCUUAUGUUAGUCAAGGGAACGUGCUAGUAGUAGUGAUUCUAGCUUCAAUCACAGUUUGAGAUAUCACAAGAGCAGCGAAUUUCAUACU